UUUUACUUCAAACUCGAUCCAGUUUCUUCUUAUUUUUCUCAAGAAACAGGCAAAUUUUAAGGUUGUCUUUAAUUAAGAGUAUAGUUUUGGAAAUGGGGAAUCCUCCUUGUUGUGACAAAAAUGGAUUGAAAAAAGGUCCAUGGACUGCAGAGGAAGACCAAAAAUUGAUUGAUUAUAUUCAAAAACAUGGCCAUGGGAGAUGGCGUACCCUUCCAAAAAAUGCAGGGCUAAAGAGGUGUGGAAAGAGUUGCCGGCUUCGAUGGACAAACUACUUGAGGCCUGAUAUCAAGAGGGGGAAGUUCUCAAUUGAAGAAGAGGAAACUAUAAUACAAUUACACAGUGUUUUAGGAAACAAGUGGUCUGUUAUUGCUGCUCGAUUGCCUGGAAGAACAGAUAAUGAGAUCAAAAACUAUUGGAACACUCGCAUCAAGAAGAAAUUAUUGAGAAUGGGAAUCGAUCCUGUAACUCAUAGUCCUCGACUAGAUCUUCUUGAACUCUCCUCACUUCUGAGCUCAUCUCUUUACAAUUCUUCCCAGCUUAAUCCUUCAGGUUUACAUGGAAUUGGAUCAAUAUUCAACCCAAACUUCCUGAACCUAGCCACAGCUCUCCUGUCAUCCCAAAACAAGAACCUGGAAAUUAGUAAUACUCCUGAAAAUGUUCAACAAAACCAGACAGGGAAUUUCCAAUGUCAAAACCAAUAUGAAUCCUACCAGGGAAACCAGGUUCAGAAUCCAAUUCAAGCUUGCACCCAACUUUUACAAGCCAAUUUGAACCAUGUUUCUACAAACCCUACCAGCCUGAAUACUCCACCAAACUUGUGGCAAGAAUAUGAUAGAGAGAAUAUUAUUGUUAGUAACUCAAAGGGUUUUUUCCCCAUGCAAAACUAUGGUUACCAUGACAGUAAUCAAUCCAUUAUCAACUCUUUAGCUGAUCAAAACCAGGCAUGUUUUUCUGAAAACAUCAUCAAUAUGAGUCCCUUCGGAUCACUUCUAUCAACACCUUCUUCUAGCUCAACUCCCUUGAAUUCAUCGUCGACAACAUAUGUAAACAACAAUGGUCGCAAUACUGAAGAUAUUGAAAGGGAUAGUUACUGCAGGAACACGUUGAUGUUUGAUGUUCCUAAUGGAUUAAAUGUCAAUGGAUGUGCGUAAUAUUUGAAAAAAGUUGAUGUUUGAGAAAAAAAAAAGAAGUAAGAUUUAAAGUCUUUUUAAUUGUUUAGGUUUUGACUAGGGGAUUGCAUUUUGUAACAUCUACGUGAAUCUUAAUUUAUAUAUUAUUUUUUAGAAGAUUUUUGUUGAAUUUAGCAUUGCUUAAUUUCUAUUCUAAAUCAUUUCAUCAGUACAAAUU